AUGGAGCAACAUAAACUGCGGUACCUACAACAGUUGCUUAACCGAAGAAAAUGCUUGAGCGUGGAUAGUUUUAUUAAUGCCAUGCAAGAUUUGGAAGAAAAAACACGAAAAUGUUAUGCAGAGUGCCUUGGACUUGGGAAGGAUGAGUUUGUGCGAAUGAUGCUUGUUGAUGGGUGCUUUAUAAUCGAGUUCUUUUGCAAGCUUACAUGUGGAGACUAUAUGGAUGACCUGAUUUUUAAAUCUCGACGGUUCCAUAAUAUUAUACUUCGAGAUUUACUGAUAUUUGAAAAUCAACUCCCAUUUUUUGUUCUCACUCGCUUACUCGACCAAGAUUUAUUAGAUAUCAAUAUUGAUUUCAUUUUUCAAACAUUACCCUUCAUCUUCUCACGUCUUUUUUUCCAAAGUUCAAGGAAUUCAGAAGCAUCCGAUGUUCCGAGGCAGAAUGUCAAACAUCUACUGGGCCUGGUACAUGAUACUUGGUGUUCCAAAUUUAAAAUGAUUGUGUCUUCCCGUCAGAAUGAUGGAGACCAAGGGAGAACAUGGGAAUACAUAAAAUGCACCACAGAGCUUCGAGAGGCCGGGAUUAAAUUCGAAAAGGCUACAGAAAGUUCCUCGUUUCUGGAUAUAAACUUCAAAAAUGGAACCAUGCAAAUCCCACCUUUGAGCAUUGGUGAUAAUAUUGAAAUCAUCUUUAGAAAUUUGGUUGCAUAUGAGCAAUAUAAUGACAAGGAACCAGCUUAUGUGACCGAUUACACAAAGUUUUUAGAUUGCCUCAUCAAUUCUCCCAAGGAUGCCGAAAAACUACGUCACUAUGGAAUCAUUGACAAUUGGCUAGGUAAUGAUGAAGCCGUUUCAAUCAUGUUGAACAAAUUGGGUAAUAAUGUCAUGUUAAAUUCUACUACUUUCUGUUACUCGGAAAUUUUCAACAAAGUUAAUGAGCAUUGUAAACGUCGUCAACACAUAUGGAUGGCUAAAUUAAAGCAUAAUUAUUUUCACAGUCCAUGGUCUAUCAUUUCACUUUUUGGUGUUACUCUAUUGCUUCUGUUGACUAUGUUACAGACUAUAUUCUCUGCUUUACAAGUUUGA